UUAGCUUCUGCAUAGCAUUCUUUCAGACAAUUUCAUGAUCCGACGUGGACCUCUCAGAGCGAGUCUCGCACAACAUCACAGCCUCAAGCGGAUGACUGCAUUUUCGUCAGAGCCGCCAAUUGUCAUCGCAAAGUUGUUUGCUCCAAGAACUCGAGGUUCCCCGCAGCAGGCCUCGGUCAGCUGCACCGACAAAGACAUCCAUGAUCACGACCGGGUUACGUCAACCCGGAGGCCACCUCAGAACUUGAGGCAAAAGGUCCGGCCCUUGAGUUGUGAUGUUUUGUUGCUCUAUACCCUCCCCAGAUUUCCUGGCAAACACCACGUUUUCCCUGUUACAUAUGCGCGCCUCUUUUCUCUUCGGCCGACGGAAGCACCAAGGGAUAUCCAAGCCUUGUCGAGAUAUCAUCCAAAUGUGAGGCAUCACUUCCCUAUCUCAGUGAUACGAGAGAGACUUUGCAUAUUGUCAAAUCACUAG